AAAAGAACAACAAAUUUUAUUUAACUAAAAAAACAAUGGUUAAAAGUGUUAACGAAAUGGAAUUCAAAAGCAACUUCUCAAUUGAUGCCAUCUUGGCUAGAAAUACCAACAACAACCACAAUUCUCAACAACAACAAAUGACAAUGCCACCACAAACCACCACGGUUAUGAUCAAACAAGAACCCGAAUGCCUCAAGGAACCAACUUUAUAUGUCACCGAUGAUGGUGAACUAUCGGAGGAAUUUGAUAACCCCAGCCGUACCAGUACCCCCAUGAGCAGUGCUGCCGAUUCUCUCUCUUCCGGUGAAGACAAACUGGAAGAUGAUCAGAGUUGUGACAGCGAUGAGGAUAAGGCUGGCAAAUCGGAGGGCGAGGGUGAUGAUAAGAAACCCCCCUACAGCUACAAUGCCUUGAUCAUGAUGGCCAUUCAAAAUAGUCCCGAACAACGCUUGACUUUGAACGGUAUCUAUCAGUAUUUGAUCAAUCGCUUCCCCUACUUCAAGAUGAACAAACGCGGCUGGCAAAACUCGAUUCGCCACAAUCUGAGCUUGAACAAAUGCUUUGCCAAGAUUCCCCGCAGCUACGAUGAUCCCGGCAAGGGCAACUACUGGAUCUUGGACCCCAGCGCCGAGGAAGUGUUCAUUGGUGAGACCACUGGUAAAUUGCGCCGCAAAAAUCCCGGUGCCAAUAGUGCCCGUUUGGCUGCCUACCGCCAGGCCAUCUUCUCGCCCAUGAUGGGUCGUUAUGCUGCUGCUGCCGCCGCCGCUGCUGUUCCCUUCCCUGGCGCCAUGCAAUUUGCUCCUGGUUAUGCCAAUGCUGCUGCUGCCGCUGCCCUAUAUCAACGUAUGAAUCCCUACGGUGCUGCCUAUCCACCCACCGCUGUACCCCAACAAGCUCCACCACAAAUGCCUGUCUACAAUCAAAUGCCUCCAGCCAAUGCCAUGUAUCCAUCCGGUCCCAUGCCCAUGUCUGCUGAACUAUUCCAUCGUAUGCAAAUGUUGGGCAAGUUCCAAGCUAGCUAA